AUGGAUGUCAGCAGAGAAAGAGAGGACAUAGAGAGGGAGAGAGAGGUUUCCGUAAACUACUUGUGGCACAAUCAUCCGAUUCAGAUCCGAUCUAUCAGUAGCGGCGGCGGCGGCAACUGCUUUGUGUGCUCUGAACCUGUAAAUGGAUACAAUUACCGCUGUUCAUAUUGUGAUUUCUUUCUCCACAUCUCAUGUCUCUUCUUCCCUCUUGAAUCUCUCCAUCCACUUCAUCCACAACAUCCUCUUUCUCUCCAAAUCAUCGGAUCUGAAGAAACCAGGGGCGGAGCGAAGUACAAGCCGGCCCGGGCAGGCUUAAAAAGAUGUGUCUAUUUCUGUACUGAGCCUGAAUGCGAGUAUAUGAUUCAUUUGGGCUGUCUGACCUCUGGUCCGGACCCUGCUGAAGCGAAAAAGGAAACAACAACAACAAUAAUGAAAUCCAAACUUCAUAAAGGUAAGAUUACAUAUACAGGUUUAUUUGAAUCUAGACAGGAUGAAGAUGAGAAGCUGAUUUCCAUGAGGAACAGCUUGAGGUUGAUCGAAAUAAAUGAAGAAGACCCAUCAUCGGAAAUGGAAUCUGGUAAUGGAGAUGUGAAAAUUAAUCAUUUCAGUCAUCAACAACAUCCUCUAAUCCUGGCUUAUAAUAAGCAUGAUAGAGAAAGAGCAACAUGUUUCGGGUGCCUUGACAUAAUGAAAGCUGCAAUGGCCUAUACUUGCACCAACAAUAACAAUUGCUACAACUUCAGAGGUAUCCACAAAUGGUGCGGUGAUGUUCCGAUGCAAAUCCGGCACCCAUUUCACCCAGAACAUUCCCUCUCCCAACGCACAAGGGCAACAUAUCGUAUCCAUCGAUGUAUAGCCUGCCACAACCGUCUAUUCCCUCACUAUUCCUCACUAUACAAUUGCAACUUAUGCAACGUCAACAUCCACGUAAUGUGCGCCUCUAUUCCGACCAAUCUGAUAAGCGAGAUUCACGAUCACCCUCUUCACCUCCGUCAGAAAAGCUCAAGUAAUCAGAUCUGGUGCAUAGUAUGUGGGUUCGAAUGUCAAGGCGCUUAUUUCAUAUGUGGAUCAUGCGAAUUCGUGGUGGAUUUCUCGUGCGCUUUGUUGCCGAGGAAGGUGAAUAAUGAGUGUCAUGUGCAUCCUCUGACGCUAACAGACGUUCAGGCCAAUAGUGAUGAGACCGAAUUCAUCUGCACCGCUUGCGAGAAGCCGAGGAAUGGGUUUUCUUGGGUGUAUCACUGUGAAGACUGCGAAUACAGCGCUCAUACGAAUUGUAUCUUGAAUGAGUCAGUUCCUCAAUACUCUGUAGAUAUACUAUCUUUUGCUAGUGAUACCAGCGUAGAGUAG